AUGCCUAACUAUGCUAAGUUUAUGAAAGAUCUUUUGUCUAGAAAAUAUAAGUUGCAAGAAUUUGAAAUAGUGGCUCUUACAGAGGAGUGUAGUGCUAUAAUUCAGAAAAAGUUUCUACCGAAGCUUCGAGAUCCAGGGAGUUUCAACAUCUCGAUAACGACAGGAAACAUUAAUGUUGGUCGGGCAUUGUGCGAUCUUGAAGCAAGCAUCAGCCUCAUGCCACUUUCUGUGACGAAGUCUCUUGGAAUUUCUGAGCUGAAGCCUACUAUGGUGUCUCUCCAACUUGCUGAGAGAACAUUGAGAAAACCAAACAGAGUAAUUGAAGACGUACUUGUUAAGGUAGACAAGUUCAUCUUCCCUGCUGACUUCGUGGUCCUCGAACUGGAAGAAGAAGGAGACAUGCCUCUUCUGUUGGGUAGGCCAUUCCUGGCCACAACCAGAGCAAUGAUUGACGUAGAGAAAGGAAAGCUGGAGCUGAGAAUGGAUGACGAAAAGGUCACCAUCAAUGUGUUCAAUGCUGUGAAGCACGCUGAGGAUAAUAAAGAUCAUCAGACUCUUGAAGAAGAUAAAGAAUUCUUUGUUGAAAAUACGCCAAAGGAAGAUGCUGAAAUUCCAAUGGAAGAAUUGAAGAAGAAAGAGUCAAACAUCACAAUUGAAGCACCAAAGGUGGAGUUAAAAGAGCUUCCACCUAAUCUAAAAUACAUCUUCUUAGGAGAUGAAGAGACGUAUCCUGUCAUCAUCAACAAAGAGUUAUCUGAGACUAAAGAAACCAAGUUGAUGAAAGUGCUCAAAAACCACCAAACAGCCAUAAGAUGGUCCAUCUCCGAUCUAAAAGGAAUCAAUCCUUCAUUAUGCACUCACAAAAUACUGAUGACAACAUCAAACCAAUGA